AUGUCCCUACAGAAGAUACUGUCCGAGAGGAUCACUGAAGCCCGGCAGCUGCUGGACAGAGCGGAGACGCUGUCCCACUCCCGUCUGGGCGGGGUUCAGGGUGGUCCCAAGCUCUGCAGCAAGCUGAAGGCUGAGCUAAAGUUCUUGCGCAAAGUUGAAGCGGGCAAGGUUUCGGUGAAGGAGUCACACCUGCAGAGCACGAACCUGACCCACCUGAAAGCGGUUAUCGAGUCGGCAGAGAGCCUGGACGACGUGGUGAGCCUGCUGCAUGUUUUCAGCUAUCAGGAGCGGCCCGGUGAAAGGCAGUCGAUUGUGGUGGAUGUCGUUGCAAACGGUGGCCUCACUUGGGUCAAAGCCGUCGGCCGAAAAGCCGAGGCUCUGCACAGCAUUUGGGUCGGCAGAGGCCAGUACGGAGACAAAAGUAUUGUUGAGCAGGCAGAAGAUUAUUUGGAAGCCAGCAGGCAGCAGCUGGUGCAGUACAUUAAUCCACACGUUGUGUUUGCCUUUUAUAACGGCGUCUCCAGCCCUAUGGCAGAGAGACUGAAAGAAAUGGGGCUUUCAGUACGGGGAGAUAUCGUGGCUGUGAACUCGAUGACUGAUUUCAUGGAGGAGGCUGAUAAUUCAGCUGACUCCGACGAAGAACUGGAGGAGCCCCUGCGAGUGACGAAAGUAGACCGAUCUACAAUUGUUGCCAGCAUUGCCUUUCCAGCCGAGGUUAAAGUGGAGUUUUGCAGCCGUGUCAAUUUAGACAUAACCACCCUGAUCUCCUUUGUAUCGGCAGUAAGUCAUGGCGGCUGCUACUUCAUCUUCAAGGAGAAAGUAUUGACAGAGCAAGCUUCGCAUGAGAGGGAGGAGAGUGUCCUGCCUAAGCUGCAGGCCUUCAUGAAGGACAAGGAGUUGUUUGCGUGUGAAUCGGCUGUGAAAGAUUUUCAAGCCAUUUUAGAGACACUGGGAGGUCCUGGAGAAAAGGCCAGGGCGCAGAAGCUGCUGCAGGAAAUCACCGUCGUACCAGACCAGCCUUCAGAGCGAGCGUCCAGGUUGGAAGCCAGUGCAAAAAUUAACAGUCGCUCUAUUGCUAUCUUUGGCACUGGAGAUGCUUUGAAGGCGAUCACAAUGACAGCGAACAGUGGGUUUGUUCGUGCUGCAGAUAACCAAGGUGUGAAAUUCAGCGUAUUUAUCCAUCAACCAAGAGCUUUGACAGAGAGCAAGGAAGCAACAGCGACACCUUUACCUGGUACUGUCUUUCAUGAGAAAGUCUACAAUGGUGGCUCUGUAAGAUGAAAGCAACAUCUUGCAAUUGACAUUAUGGUACCUUAAGGACUUGGUGGGAGGUGGGUGUCUGUUCAACUUGCACACUGCUGUAAAACUGAUGAACAAAUUGCCAGCUCUUGCGUUGAUGUCAAGUCUUGAGACGUAUAACAGACAGCUAAUUAGAUAUUUCAGGUUUAUCCACCAUCUCUUCCCCGAGCUCCACCCCACCACCCAACUCUUUCUCUCUAAUGGGCAUACAAAGCAUCCAUUAAAAAGUAUUCAGGCUGACAGUUAACAGGUGUCAUGGUAGUUCUCGCCAUUGAGUCUGCUUUUUACUGUAUUAGGCCAAGAGCUGAAAUGGAAAUUUAGCUGUCAAUUAAGAGGAAUAAAAUCACAUCUUCAUCC